AUGGAGUCACCUGCACUCUCAGGGAGGAUGGCCCGAUGGCAGAUCCUAUUGACUGAGUAUGACACUGUAUAUGUGAGCCAAAAGUCGAUAAAGGGAAGCGCAAUAGCUGACUUCUUGGCAAGUCGUACAACGGAGGAAUACGAGCCUUUAAGAUUUGAGUUCCCAGAUGAAGAUUUGAUGUGCAUUUCAGAAAAAGAGGGCAAGUCACCAAAAAGAAAGUCAUGGAAGAUGAGCUUUGAUGGUGCAUCAAAUGCAUUGGGGCAUGGGAUCGGAGCAGUCUUAGUGUCACCUGAAGGGGACCAUUACCCACUUACUGCCAGAUUGAAUUUCUUCUGUACAAAUAAUAUAGCGGAAUAUGAAGCUUGCAUCAUGGGACUUCGUGCAGCUAUCAAGAGGAAAAUCAAAAUCUUAGAGGUACACGGGGACUCAGCACUAGUCAUUUACCAAGUUCGUGGAGAUUGGGAAGUAAGAGAUUCAAAAUUAGUCAAAUACCGCGAUCUCAUUGCAGAGCUAAUCAAGGAAUUCUAUGAAGUGACUUUUAACUACUUUCCACGGGAAGAGAAUCAAUUGGUUGAUGCCCUAGCCACCUUGGCUUCGAUGUUCAAAGCAAACAGAGAAAAUGAAAUAAUGCCUAUCCAAAUGAGCAUAUAUGAGACUCUCGUACACUGUUUUAGCAUUGAGGAAGAGUCAGAUGGACGACCAUGGUUCCAUGAUAUCCUAGAGUACAUCAAGAAUCAAGCGUACCCUGAGCAAGCAAAUGAGAAUGACAAAAGAACAAUCAGAAGAAUGGCGAUUGGGUUUGUUCUUGACGGGGAUACUCUAUACAAAAGAGGAAAAGAUCAAGUGCUCCUGAGGUACGUGGACGCUGUUGAAGCUAGAAAGAUACUUGAGGAGGUUCAUGAAGGGAUUUGUGGAACGCAUGCCAGUGGUUUCACCAUGGCCAGGCAGAUUAUGAGACUUGGUUAUUAUUGGCUGACGAUGGAAAAAGCCACUUCGUUUGCUAAUGUGACGAAGGCUGCGAUGAUGAAAGAAGUAUGUGAGCAAUUCCAGAUAAAACAUCAUAAUUCUUCGCCCUAUCGCCCAAAGAUGAACGGAGCAGUAGAAGCCGCUAAUAAGAACAUUAAGAGAAUUAUUGGGAAGAUGACUGAGACAUAUAAAGACUGGCACGAGAAGCUACCAUUCGCUUUGUAUGCAUAUCGCACCUCAGUACGGAUGUCUACGGGGGCAACUCCUUUUUCUCUGGUCUAUGGAAUGGAAGCCGUUCUGCCUAUCGAAGUAGAGAUCCCAUCCCUGCGCGUCUUGAUGGAAACAAGGUUAGAGGAAUCAGAGUGGGUUCGAGCUCGAUAUGAUCAGCUAAACCUUAUUGAAGGGAAACACUUGAAGGCAAUUUGUCAUGGACAGAUGUACCAGAAGAAAAUGAUUACGGCCCAUGAUAAAAAGGUGCGGCCAAGAGAAUUUCGCGAAGGAGAGCUCGUACUGAGAAAGAUUCUCCCGAUACAGAAGGACUUUCGAGGAAAAUGGUCACCAAAUUGGGAAGGGCCAUACAUUGUAAAAAAGGCAUUCUCAGGAGGGGCUCUGAUUCUCACUGAAAUGGACCGGAAAGAAUUACCUAAUCCAGUGAACUCAGAUGCUGUGAAGAAAUAUUAUGCUUAA